UUACGCAUUGUCAUACUCACGUGGAGUUAUCUUUUUGUAGUUUAUUUGAAUAAUAGUUUUUUGCAAAUAAUUUGAUAAUAACGGUGUUUCUUCCAAAAUAACAAUGAAAAGAAAAUAUUCAUCUGCUGAACGUCUUCAUAAAUCCAGUGGUAUCGAAGUUAUAGUGGAAGAGGUUUCCACUCACCCACUUUGUCUGCACGGUCCAACGUUACUUUUCUCAGGAGAAAAAGGCAGAUACUUUGCUUGUGCUACUUGUCGAGAUAAAAAAGACUGUACAGUACAUAUAGAUGAAGAUGAUUGGAAAAAGGAAGGAGUCAGAAAACGUAAUGAGAAAUAUUAUAACCUUAUACCAAAAAUUGAUAAGGUGGCUGCUUUGAAUAAAUUCAAUGAGGUAAAAUCUAGACACCCGUCAGAUAGAGCAUACUGUAACACAUGCAAGGACCUAUACAUAAUAUCACAAAGCAAGAAACAUAGAGGUGGAGAUCACAGGAUCACCACACCACUUACUGAGCAACUGCUCAACUCUCCAUCAUCCUGGCUGCCUCCACUUGAGAAUGAUUCAAGUGAAGCUCAAUACAUAUUCUCUAAGAAAGCUGUUAGCACUGUUUUGGGCAUUCUGAGGAAUAAUAAUAUCAAGAAUCUUCUGUGUAUUGGUACUCCAUCAGUACAUGAAGCUGCUCAGUUAGAUCCGGAUUUUGACUCACUUCUUUUGGAUUAUGAUACAAGGUACCACUUGUUUCAUCCACCCAACAAAUAUAUUUGGUACAAUAUGUUCAAUAAUUAUUUGUUUGAUGGUAAUAAUGAUGAGAAGAUUUUAAAGAAAUUCAUAAAACUUUCAAAAGAUAGGAAACUUUGUAUUGUAAUGGAUCCACCAUUCGGUGGUCGUGUGGAGCCACUUCUGCACACCAUUAAGGAGCUAUCCUCUAUGUAUAAUAAAAUAAAUGAUAUUGAAGAUGUUGAAAAACUGUUGCCAGUUAUCUGGGCAUUCCCGUAUUUCUCUGAAGCAUACAUAACAAACUUAGCACCUGAGAUAAAAAUGCAUGAUUAUCAGGUUGAAUACCAGAAUCACAAGAAGUUCCAAAAUAGCAAAGGUGGCAGAAAGUUUGGCUCACCAGUCCGCUUCUUCACAAAUCUUCCAUUACUUACUAUUGAUCUAUCUAAUGACAGUAGCUAUAAGUUUUGUGAUAAGUGCAAGUGCUGGGUCUCAGUGACAAACAUGCAUUGCACUAAAUGUAAAUCCUGUACAAGUAAGAAUGGGAUGACAUAUCGACACUGUAAGAUAUGUGGGCAAUGUGUAAAACCAACAUACCAACAUUGUACCACAUGUGGGCGAUGUGCUCAGGAGAAGCAUAGGUGUGAUUUAAUAGUGGAGUCUCAGUCUUGUUACACAUGUAAUCAGAAGGGCCACAAAAAAGCGGAUUGUGAAAUGAACACAGGAAGUAAUAAAAAAAGAAAAUCCCAUUAAUAAAGAUUUUUAUUUAAUUUUAAAA